UAAGGAGGCAACAGAGACCAAAGGGAGAGCUCUGGAGUCACAGAACCUGGAUCCAAAGCCAAGCUGGGCUACCGCCAUCUGUGUCACCCAACGAACUGAGGCCUAAGUGUUCCUUAACCACAUGUGAGAAGAGAAGUGCAGAGAGCCUGCCUGCCAGGAAGGGACACCAGGGUGCGACCUCCAGCCGGGUCAGGGCACCGCAUCCUGAUGGGGCAGCUCCUCAGCCCCACUGGUCAGGGCGGCCCUGGAGAAGGCGCCUCAGUCCAGGGGAGCAGGGACGCUGGGGUGGGGACUUGGGUGUCCGCGGUGGUCCUCUGAGGACCCCGACUUUGUCUAGUUGCUCCCGAGCUCGGCUUCGAGCAGGCCGUGACCCUGGAGGCAGGGACGGUCCCACGCAGUCCCUGGGUGCCCAGGCCAGGUCCCUGCUCCUGCUCCAGAUCCCGAGGAGCCUGCACAGCCCGCGCCAAGGCUGGACCGGCUCUGGCCGAUCCGGACCCUGCAGUCCCCAGCAGUCCCCACAUGCGAUGUCAUCUGGUGGCAGACACCGGAAGUCCCCAGACAUUAGAAAGUCCGCCUGCGGACGGUCGCGGGGCCACGGCCUUUGUCCUCAGCACCUCCAACUGACGCCCCGUGCUGUGCGCAUGCGCCAUCCCUGUCACGUGUUCCCGUGUGACGUCACAGGCGGCUCCCUGCUGCUGGAGAAGACAGCCCAGCGGCCCUGCAGCAGGAAACGUAGGAAGCCGGUGCCACCGCCCCUGCUCCUGCUGGGGAAUCCAGGUGAGCUGCCCCCACCUCCUAAGAUUCCCCUAUCCUCCAUCACAGCCAAUGCAUCUGCACACAUGACUUGGCAGCUUACUCUGGACCCUGGGGUUGAGGACAUGGACACUACUCCCACUUCCACGGCUGUAAUCUUUGUCUUACAAGUUGUCUUGCCAGAAGGCCUCAAGCCCCUCAGAAACCACUCAUCUUUCAUCUGUGGAAGUCAAGAGCUGGAAGAAAACAAAACAAAACAAAAAUCCUAUGUCUCAAAUACCUUUCAUUUCCUAAAGAGAACACAUUUAGUAGGUAGGUACAGUAAUUUCAUGUAUUAUAGCUGGCUGGCUUCCCUGAUUUGUUAUACUCCUAGAAUAGAUUCUUCUCCUAGGAACUUACUUAUUUUAACCAACGACUUUCAUCUCCAAAAACCAGAAACAUCAUUUCUUUGGAUUUGUGGCUACAUCUACUCUCAUUGUGAACUAGUCUUCCUGGCCAAGAACAAUGCUGCUGAUGAUAAUGAUGACAAUGCUGCUGCUGAUGAUAACAGACGUGAUAAUGAUCAUAGUGAUGACGACGAUGAUGAUGACAGUGACAAUAAUAACCAUGGGCAGCUUAUGGGAGAUGUGAAGCUACUUAAGGAGGUUCACGUGACACCUGGCGAUGGUUCAAUCUCAGAUUCAUAA